ACGGGAUCCCGACUCGGGGGACCGGAGGGUGGCCGCGCCUACACCCACAGCCUGGCGCACACCCCGCUAGAAACCGUUGCCACCUUCGCUCCCCCUCCCAUCCCCGGGACAAAGGGCGGGGGCGGACCCCACGCGUGACCUUCCCCUGCAGUGCGCACGCGCCUAGCCUCCCACCGUGGGGAAGGGGCUAUGCUUGCUCACGCGAGUGCGGGGGAGGCUCGUGGGUUCCCAUGGGUGGGAGAGGCGCUGCACUUGGGCUGGACCCCCACCCCAUGCCUGGAAGUUAAGGGCAGGCUCCCCAUGCACCUCUCGCACCUUUUGGCCCCGAGGUGACUCGUUCUGGCCAGGAUAUCUCAUCUGUGGACCCCACCGGACUCCGCUUCUUCUUCCCUGGGUACUUGUGCAGCUGCCCAAGAGUUUGGGCCCCCAAGGCGUCCUCCUAUCAGACCCAGAGGCCCUGUGCUUCUGAGGCGCCCAGCUGCUGGGGUCCGUGGGAGGCUGCACCAUGAGUGACCGAAACAGCCGGAGGAGGACACUGAAGAAGGACGACGAGGCCUUCGAGGUCUCUAUUCCCUUCGAGGAGACGCCCCACCUAGAUCCACAGCUCUUUUACAGUCUGAGUCCCUCUCGGGGAAACUUCGAUGAGCCUCCGGAGGCUGCGUCCCCAACCAUGGCCCUGAUGAAUGGUGUCAGGGCCCAGCUGCACAUGGCCCUGGAGAGGAACUCAUGGCUGCAGAAGCGCAUCGAGGACCUGGAGGAGGAGAGGGACUUCCUGCGGUGCCAGCUGGACAAGUUCAUCUCUGCUGCCCGCACAGAUGCUGAGGACCACUGCAGGGUGAAGCCUGGGCCCCGGCGAGCUGAGGGCGAUGGCCGGGGUGGGGCUGCGGGUGAGGCCUCCGACCCUGAGUCCGCUGCCUCCUCGUUCAGCGGGGUGUCUGAAGAAGGCAGCAACAUGGACAGGAAGAGGCAGAAGCAGAAGGGAGGCGCUGGCAGAAGGCGUUUUGGGAAGCCCAAGGCCCGGGAGAGGCAGCGGGUGAAGGACGCUGACGGUGUCCUCUGCCGCUACAAGAAGAUCCUGGGCACCUUCCAAAAGCUGAAGAGCAUGUCGCGGGCCUUCGAGCACCACCGCGUGGACCGCAACACGGUGGCGCUGACCACGCCCAUCGCGGAGCUGCUCAUCGUGGCCCCAGAGAAGCUGGCGGAGGUGGGCGAGUUCGACCCCUCCAAGGAGCGUCUGCUUGAGUACUCCCGCCGCUGCUUCCUGGCCCUGGACGAGGAGACCCUCAAGAAGGUGCAAGCCCUCAAGAAGAGCAAGUUGCUGCUUCCCAUCACCUACCGCUUCAAGCGGUGAUCCCGCUCCACCUGGCCCCGGCCACGCCCUCCAGCCCUUGCUCCACUUCCCUCCCAUCCCCUGCCUGGCACAGAGAGCGUGUGCAUUAGUGGGGUGCCCCUCGCCAGGGCCUGGCAGCGGGCAGCGUGCUUCUGUGUGUGCCUCUCUCCUCCCCCUCCUGCAGACGCCCACUCCCGCCCCAGGUCCCUUGUAUAUACAAUAGAUCUGCUCUCCUUUCACCCCACUUUCCCAGCAUCCUUCCCAUUCCCACAGUUGGGAAGGUCUCACUUAACCCAGUUCCCAGGGACCUGGUAAACACUGGCACCCCUCCUGCUCUCGCUGGGCCCUUCCUCCUAGGAAAAAGGCGGGACUCUGAGGGGCGGGGACACUGUACAUACCGGCCUCUGCCCCCAGCCCCGAGGACCCGCAUUCUGGACCUUCCCCAACUCCUCGUGAGAUAGAGAAUUAUUCAAAGAAUUUAAAUUAAAAAAGAUGAUAAA